UCAGUCGUUCCUCAUCAAUUGCUCUCUACAGUAGACAUGCAGCUCCCAAAUGUACUUAUUAUUUUAAUCAUUAAUACAGUAGCCUGUAUAAAUGCUGAUAAAGUGUGUGAAUUAUCAACGAUUUGCGGCAAUGCGGCGUCGAUACGAUCGCAAAUGAUUGCAGUGCGUGUGGAGCAGGAGCGACAAGGAGAGUUACUAGAAAGUUUAACAGAGAAAGUGGACAACUGUCUAUCUAAAAUUGGCGUAGAGACGCAUCUAUACGGAAAAAGUUGCGCCGAACCUUCAGUGCUCACCCAGCACAGUGAAAUAAAUGUGAUCGUGGUGCCGGAGUACAGUAAACACCCCUUUGUAGUGGCCUGCGAUCAGCUAAGCCAAGGUGGCGGUUGGACCAUUUUCCUACGCCGCACAGAUGGCAGUGAGGAGUUCUUCCGAGAUUGGAACGAUUACAAGAACGGUUUCGGUAGACUAGAGAAUGAGUUCUUCUUGGGCCUUGAUAAGCUGCACGCCAUAACUUCAUCGCAGACCCAAGAGCUGUUGGUUAUACUCGAGGACAAUGAGGGAGAACGGCGAUACCAGAUGUACGAUAACUUCAAAAUAGGUUCAGAGCAGGACGGCUUCAACCUGGAAUCUCUGGGUAAUACUUCUGGAAAUGCCGGCGAUGCUUUGGCCACCCAUUUGGGCCAGAAGUUCACCACCAAAGACCGCGACAAUGACAAACAUGGGACUGCAAACUGUGCCACAACCUACAGUAGUGCCUGGUGGUACAAUGCCUGUCAUCACAGCAAUCUAGCUGGCAAGUAUGGCGAUAACGCCCAUGGAAAGGGCAUCAACUGGUAUCAGUGGAAGGGGCAUACUUAUUCGCUAAAACGUGCGCAAAUGAUGAUAAGACCCAAGAGGCAUUGCCAUUAAAAUAUGUUUUUUAGUAUUAUUUGUAUAAAAAAAAGCAAAGUCUUUGUUAUAAAAUGUUUGAAUAAAUUAUACUGAUUCUGAA